CCCGGCACCAGCCCCAGCCCCGCGCCCAGCUCGGGCAACGGGACCAGCUCUGCCGCCAGCCCCACCCAGCCCAUCCAGCUCAGCGACCUCCAGAACAUCCUGGCCACCAUGAACGUGCCCUCUGGAGCGGGAGGGCAGCAAGUGGACCUGGCAGCUGUUCUGACUCCUGAGAUAAUGGCUCCCAUCCUGGCCAAUGCUGAGGUUCAGGAGCGGCUGAUGCCUUACCUCCCUUCAGGGGAGUCUCUGCCCCAGACCGCAGAAGAGAUCCAGAACACCCUGACGUCUCCUCAGUUUCAGCAGGCAUUGAGCAUGUUCAGUGCUGCCUUGGCCUCGGGACAGCUGGGCCCCCUCAUGAGCCAGUUCGGGUUACCCGCCGAGGCCGUGGACGCUGCGAAUAAGGGAGAUGUGGAAGCGUUUGCCAAAGCCAUGCAGAACAGCGUCAAGUCAGACCAAAAGGAAGGAGACUCCAAGGACAAGAAAGAUGAAGAGGAAGAUAUGAGUUUAGAUUAAGUUAUUUGCUUUUCCUUACAGAUAUCCCUAGAUACUAACUUAAGCAACUGCAGUAGGAUUACUAACUUCAUAUAAUGCUUAUAUAAAUCUACAAAUAAAUGAAUUUUCUUUAU